UACGAAUUUCUGCUUUCAGUUUUACGCGUUCAUAUUUGUCUAUUGUGGAAUUAGCCUUAAUAGAACACAAGAUCACGUAUAAAAUCUAAAAAACCUGUAUUAAAACAUAUAAAAUGGGUUUAAUAAAAUUUGCAAUUUUAACUGUAAGUGAUACUUGCUAUGCCGAUCAGACAAAAGAUGAAAGCGGACCAACUUUAGUUCGACUGGUAACUAAUGCAGAAACAAAAACUGGCCAAAUACUUAAAGGUCAUGUUUCCUAUAAAGCAAUUGUUCCUGAUGAUAGAGAGAAAAUAGAAGAUGUAUUAAAAACAUGGGCAUCACUCCCGAACGUACAUGUAAUUUUAACAACUGGAGGUACAGGUUUUUCAGAUCGCGACGUAACUCCAGAGGCAACGAAAAAUGUUAUUGAAAAAGAAACUCCAGGGAUUUCACUGGCAAUGUUAAAUGCCAGUUUGAAAGUCACGCACAUGGCUAUGCUUUCAAGACUUACUAGUGGAAUUCGAAACAAAACACUUAUUAUCAAUAUGCCUGGAUCACCGAAAGCUGUUGUCGAAUGUUUGGAAGCAAUUGCGAUAUCAAUACCUCAUGCAGUAGAUUUAAUUUUAAACAUUAGUUCCGAAGUCUCUCAAGUACACAAAAUGAUUCAAAGUACACAACAUACUUGUUCUCAUAAAAAAGAGAUUCUAAAUUCACAAACAGAAGAGGGAGAAAGAAGAUUAAGACAAUCGCCUUAUCCGAUGGUACCUGUUGAAAGUGCAUUUAAAUUAAUCGAAGAAAAUACAAUCAUUGGUGAAGUUGAAAUAAUCAAUGCUUGUAAUGCAUUUGGUAGAAUAUUACGCGAAAAUGUUUAUUCUGCCGUCAAUUUACCGCCAUUCAGGGCUUCAGUCAAAGACGGUUAUGCGGUAUUGGACACUGAUGGUAAAGGACGGCGUGAGAUUAUAGGAAGAUUAGACGCUGGCUCUACUCCAAACCUUUUGCAUUUGAAAUCUGGAACUUGUGUAUGGGUUAAUACUGGAGCAUCUGUACCAAAUAAUGCGACAGCUGUAGUGCAAGUAGAGGAUACGAUAGUAAAGAAAUACAAUUCUGAUGGUAAAGAAAUGGAAAUUGAAAUUCUCGUUGAACCAAAAAGUGGACAAGAUAUCAGGCCCGUCGGUAGUGAUUUAAAGGAAGGAGCCUUAGUUUUAAAUGCAAAUACAAAAAUUUGCGAAGUUGAAAUGGGAUUGUUAAUUUCUUGCGGUUGUUUGCAAGUGAAGGUGUCAAAACUCCCAUUAGUAGGAGUACUAUCUACUGGAAGUGAAUUGCAAGCUGCAGGAGAAUCGCUAAAACCAGGUCAUAUUUAUGAUAGUAAUAAAAUUACUCUGAUGUCUAUGUUGAAGAAUUUUACAUGUGUUCCAAUUGAUUUCGGAAUUGUUAUCGAUGAUGAACUAGAAACAAUACGUGCUCUUGAAAAAGCAUUAAAUGAAGUUGACGUUUUGGUGACCAGUGGUUCAGUCUCAAUGGGAGAUAAAGACUUCUUAAAACCAAUUCUUGAAAAAAAGUUUCAUGCACUUGUGCAUUUUGGACGUCUAAAUAUGAAGCCUGGAAAACCAAUGACUUUUGCAACGUGUAAUUUUCAGGGAAAGAAAAAGUAUAUUUUAUGUUUACCUGGUAAUCCUGUCUCUGCAGUUGUUACUGCUUAUCUAUUUUUACAACCGAUAAUUAAUCGAUUAAAUGGAAUUAAAUCGAAGCCUAUAAUUAUCAAGUCAAAAAUAACAUUCUCUCAUGAAUUAGAUGUUAGACCAGAAUUUAUGAGAGCUAUUUUACAGUGGGAUGAUUCUGAUCCUCAUCCACAAGCUUAUACUACUGGGAAUCAAACUAGCAGUAGAUUAUUGAAUUGCAGAAAUGCAAAUGCUCUGCUAUUGCUUCCUAGUAGAACUGAGGAAAUAAUGCAGAUAAAAAAGGGAGAUUUAGUAAACGCAAUGUUAUUACACAUUGAUCAAUGCAUUUUUGAAUAAUAAUUAAAAAACAAAUAUUGAUUUCUUAA